AUGGUUGUGCCUUUCGGCUUCUCUGCGGGUGACUUCGCUUCUGUGAUAGGACUGGUGGUCAAAGUUGGAAAAGCCUUGCGCGAUGCUGACGGUGCUUCAUCUGAAUAUCAACAUCUCUAUGUCGAUCUCCAGGCGCUCAAGAGGACACUCGAGACUCUCCAGGCUCUUCAGCCUACUGAGCAGAAUAUCACCCAUCUCAAUGCAAUCCGCUGCUUAGCUCUGACAUGUCAAGUUCCUUUGGCAGCGUUUCUUGAGCGCCUCCAGAAGUUUGAGGAGAAAUUAGGCCCCUUUGCAAAAGAUUCCGUUCGCGGCGCUUUGCGGAAGUCGCAAUGGGCUUUGCAAAUGGGCGAGCAAGUGCGAAAGUUCAGGGCAACAAUAGCGGCGAAAGUUCUAAGCCUGACCUUGCUUCUAUCUGUUCACAACACCGAGAUUCUGGGAAAAGUCGCGGCCCAGACGAGCCGAGAACUGCCCCAGCUGGCCUCCAAACUCGAUUCCAUGUCAUCCGAGCAGACUAGCCUCGGCAGCUCGAUCACCGACCAGACAAACAAGCUCCAGCAAGUGAACGACUCCCAAACAAAGCUCCAUGAGAGUUUCAAUGACAAUACACAACAAAUAGUGGCAAAGCUGGACGAGGCUCGUGAAAGCAACAAAUCGAUAUCUCAUGCUGUGAUGAGCCUCAGGCAGAAUUGGGUCCAGGCUCUAGCAAGGUGA